GAAUCUUCGGAGUUUCUGUAAAUGUUUAUGGCAUUUUCAAAGACCUUUUAAAGUUCGGAUUUGUUUUAUAAUGGCCUAUUAAGAGCUGAAACUUGGUAAUUACUUUUAGGGUGAUUUUUAUAUGGGGUAGAUUUUCUUAGCACUCAAAUGGUUCAUGGACUAAAUGGCUAUUGGACCAUCUGGUUAUCAGACGAAAUGGUGUAGCGGACGAAUUUUUCAAUUAGACCAUGUGGAUAGUGGACGAACUGAUGGUAGACCAAAUGAAAAUAGACGAGUUGGCAAUUGGACGAAUUGGAAAUAAACCCUUACAAAGACCAAAAAGUGACAAAUCAGAACUGUGCUCUUCGAUUUGCGACUGACAGUAAACAUUCGUGCUACGGUGCAUGCGUUGUCGCCCACGAACCGUCCCAUUAAAGUUGUAAACUUUAGGAGGUGAGGAAUUGGCACCCCUGGCACCUGAAAGGAUAGCAAGAGAAACAUGGCUUUCGACGAUCUUCUACCCACACUUGGUGAGCUUGGUACCUACCAAAAGAUCAUCUCCAUCCUGUUAUAUGCCUUUAAAUUUCCAGCAGCUGCCAAUGUCUUGGCGAUAGUUUUCAUCGCUGCACCGACUGAACAUUGGUGCUCGGUAUCGCAUUGGGACAAAGCCAAUUGCACGGAGCUGAGAUUAAAUGAGAGUGAGUGUGCUUUCUACAAGAAACACCUUAGUAUCCCUCAUAAAAUAGCAGACGACGAUACCAUUACUUACGAUCAGUGUCGCAAGUACGACGUAGCGCGGUUAUCGUUUGUUGAUGCAAUGACGUUCUAUGCGGAAAACACCAAUCAGAGCGGAGAUGUUUAUGACGUCAUAUCAUGUGAUGAGGGAUGGACACAUGACAGCGAAUUAUCGGGGCUUACAAUAACCCAAUCGUUUGACCUGGUUUGUGACCGGAAAUACCUGAUCAAUCUAUCCCAAUCCCUCUUUUUCGUUGGCGUACUGAUCGGUUCUGCAACCUUUGGGGGAAUAGCCGAUAGAUUCGGGAGGAAAGUGUCUCUCAUCCUUUGUAACGUGAUCAUUGUAGUCUCUGGGGUGGUUUCUGCCUUUUCACCAAAUUUCAUUACUUUGGUUGUGACGAGGUCCGUCGAUGCUGCAGCCUGUUUUGGGUCAGCUAUCAUCUCAUACAUUAUAGCUACGGAGUUCAUUGGCCCAUCUAAACGUGCAUUCGUUAGCGUCAUCAUGACGACCGCAUUCCCAGCUGGGUAUCUUCUUCUCACAUUAUACGCUUAUUUCAUCAACAAUUGGCGUUACCUUCUCCUUGCAUUACACCUAACGUUUGUCCUCUACUUCUUUGUGUUCAUUUUCGUUCCAGAAUCAGUCCGCUGGCAGAUCUCCAAAGGUCGAUACAAGCAAGCCCAAGAGACCGUUAGGAGGGUAGCAGAGAUCAACAAGGUCAAACUCGAAGAUGAUUUCUUCUACCAACAUGACAUUUACAAACCUAAGGAAACUGGGAUACUUGAAAAGAAUCGUGAUCCGAAUCUUUCCGAUCUUUUUCGAACACCUAUCUUACGGAAAAGAACGAUAGUAUUGAUCAUCGUUUGGAUGGCUAACAAUCUGAUAUUUUACGGACUGCAUCUCAGUACCGGUAGCUUCGGGGUGAAUAUCUACCUUAGCUUCCUAAUCUCUGGUAUAGUAGAAAUGGCUGCGAUGCUGCUGUUUAUGCCAAUGAUCGAAGUGAUCGGACGUCGAUACAGUAUUAUCGCUUGCCUCGCCAUAUCGGGAGUUGCUAGCUUUGUCGUCAUUUUUACCCCUAUUGGUGUGGCAAAAACCAGCGUUGCCAUGGUGGGCAAGUUUGGUAUCGCCUGCUCAUGGGCGGUAGGGCUGAUAUAUCCUAUCGAGGUAUUGCCAACGGUAACAAGGAGUGUGGGCGUUGGAAUCUGCUCAUCGGCAUCUCGACUGGUUGCUAUAGCAACCCCUCUUGUACUCCUCCUCUAUGACGUGUGGUCGCCCGGUCCUCUCGUUCUUCAGACAGCAGCCGCGAUGCUAGCAGCGGGCUUAUGCCUCAUCCUCCCGGAAACCCGGGGCAAGAAGCUCCCCGAGACGCUCGAAGAUGGUGAAACAUUUGGAAUAAAGAUGAGGGAGAUUUGCCACAGCAUGGAAAAAUUGCCAACAAAACUGUGAACAGCUUCAACUUGGAACAUCUUGGAAAAGGCCUCUCUUCACGAAGAUGGUUACAACGAUUACACAUUUACAUUACACUGUUUUACGCAACUAAAUUCCUGAACUUUGAUUGGCUAUGGACACACUAUCGUUACAAAUUUUAUACAAAACGUGGCUCCAGAGUUGUCGCACGCAUACAACCCGGAACGAAUCGUGUUUUUUUCGAAGGCAAAAUAAAAUUCAAUUUCCUAAUAAACUCCGAAAUUAAAAUUAUUUCAGCUGUUUAAAUGGCAUGUAUUACUACGCCAAAGAGGCGGAUCUAGAAUUGAGCAGAAUAGGGCAUGGCUGUACAAAAAUAAUGUCAAAGGUGACCGACACAGAAGCCUUUGCAAAACAAUGACAAGCCC